AUGGCUGUCCAAGAGAAAAAAGUAUUCACCACUUUUUCGGCAGAUCCCUGUCGCUGUUUCCCCAAAAACCGCUGGUCCGACUGGUGCGAGGCUCAGAACGGGGCCACUAGCAGGCCGGCAAAUUGGGCGCUCGGGCCACCGAACUCAGCAAAAAUUCGAUCACCCUCCGAGCCCCUGCAAUGGGAUUGUGUCAAUUUUCGGUGUUGGGGAAGGGACCUGCAGGGAUGUGUUCUAGGGUACUUCCACGGCCGGGAGUUACUGUUUGAGGUCUUGACGCACACGUCACCAGGGCCAGGGCGACUAUUCAAUACUACGAAGUACUACAAAGAACGGACAUUCACAUUCUGUGUGGGGAAGCUACCCGUGCUAUCGAACAGCACACACGACCUCUAG